AAAGAGAGUGCAGUAUGACUAGUGCGGGAGUUCUCCACCCCUUGCACUGUCAAUGCUCUAUGUGGUUCGAUAUCAUUGUCAUGCCUUUUUUGGAGAUUUAAUGCAUCUCUCGCGAUCCUGUGCAGGAACCACCGCCGAUCGGGUUAGCCGGCCAGGUGCAACUAUUUCCACCAUUCUAAUCCUUGUCGGUUCUGCAUCAAAAGUCUGGACGAUCGCGAUCCUUUGAAGAUUAACUUCCAGGGGGGGGGGGUAUCGUCGGUUCUCCUAAUCUCCACUGGAAAAAUUUCCAAUGU